AUGUUAAUGUCGGCUGUAGAAACAAAUGAGCGAGGCGCGCUUCAUGUGCAUGGACUGCUUUGGUUGGCAGGGAAUUUGAAUCUCCAUAAAAUAAUGAUGGACGUGACGAAACCUGAGCACGCAGUGUAUCGCGAAAGUAUCACUCAGUACGUUGACAGCGUGUUCUCCGAGGUAGGUAUUGAUCUCGAUCAAGAGGCAUAUUGUGGAGUUGUCGCGGAGAGGUCGGUACAAGCGGAUAUAUCGUCCGUUUUGCAAGACGGCCGGCGCUUCGCUGAGAUGUUCGACGAAGAGGCUAAUUUUUGCGCCGGUGCUACACAGAUCCAUACCCACAGUCCAACUUGCGUAAAAUAUUCCCUCAAAAAGAUAAAUCGCACACGCGAUCUCUGCAGGUUUAAAGCUCCCUGGAAACUAGUUGAGAAGACGGCGUUCACACCAGACGGCGUGUUGCAGGUUCGAAGGAGCCAUAGUAUGGUGAACCGAUGGAACAAGGCGAUAGCUGUAGGCCUACGGCAUAACCACGAUAUCUCGUUCAUAGCGACGCAGAGCAAAACAUUAGCCUUGGUGUAUUACCUGACCAACUAUACAACCAAGGUCGAGGAUCCGGUCUGGAAGAGAGUUAUUGCAGCCGCGGAAUUGGUGCACGUCCUUGAUAGUAGGGACAGCGAGACGCAGGAGCAGACCAACACUAGUGAUUGCGCAGCGGGAGUGGGGAAACGGAAUAAAACGCGGCAGUUCCUUAUGAGGGUUGCAAAUCGCGUCUUCACGGAGCGGGCAUUGUCACAAGUUGAAGUGGUCGCGAGCUUGCUUGGGUUUCCGACAGAGUUCUCAAGCAAUAGUGCUUGGACAUUUCUUAACGUGUCGUUACUGUAUUGGCAUGUAUUUCAACGAUGGCGCCACUUAAGAGAAUACAGUAGUAUGGGGACUAGCCGCGAUGCAAGCGAGGAGAACAUCCUAGUGGAAGAGAAUGGCCAGAAAGUUUCCUUGAUUCAGGCAUAUCCUUAUCGGGGAAAUUUACUGCGGGGACUGUGCCUGUAUGACUACAUGUCGCUGGUCCAGAUCAAACGAGCAGGCAAAAGUGGUGGCACCACAAGUGAGGUGCCGUUCGAUGGCAGCUGGGCUUUCUCGCCCAUAUGGACGCAGACACUGCGACAACCGGGGAAGCAUGCACGGGUUUGCAUCGACGGCUAUCUAAGUAUGGACUUUCUUAGCGAGGAGAAUGGGACGUGUUUCCAGAGGGCGGCUGUGCAGCACCUCGGUAUGUUUGUGCCAUGGGAGCAGUUCUUGCAUGAAGUAUCAGGAGAUAUAAAUGCUAUUUGGGCCAAGUACAGAGCGGGCCUGUCGCGGAGGAUUUCUCAUUGGGUAGAGAAUAUCCAGCUGCUGCGACGAUCAGCGGAAGAUGCAAAGCGUGAUGCGAGACAGUGGGCUGCUUCAUCUGGUGAGGGCGACCUUGCGGCGGAAGAUGAUGAUAUGACCGCCAAUAUAGACGAAAAUGACGACGAUGGUGAUGGUGAUGGCAAGAGCCCGCGGUCGUAUCGAUCCGGCGGCAUCGGCGACGCAAAUCGGCUCAUCGACGUCGUCCGAAGCGCGAUUGGCACGAAACAGAUCACGUCCGGAUCAGAAGAGCUGUCGUCAAUCUUGCAACAGCUUUGCAAUUUUCAGCAAGCCGCGCUUUCGUCAUCCGAUGAGUUAAAUUCUAGGGUGAUAUUAGAAGUAAAUCACAGAAGCUGUACUGGCCUUGAUAACAUGGUGUUGAAGCAGUGCAGCAUCCCAGUGCAGAGCCAGCUAAGGGCCAUCAAGUCUCAACAGGCAGCCGCAUCCCGUGAAAUAGAAAAGAUGAUUCAAGGGAUACAGAGUAUAGCUAGGCAUGAAACCCACGUGGAGGGUGUAGUAGGUGGUUUUAGAGACGAUGACGUCCUUGCGACUGGCGGAAACCCGGAGAAAACGGCAGCUCGAGCCAGAGCAGAUGUUCGGUUCGGGCCGUCGACAUCUUUCUUCAUAGCAGGAAAGCGUUUGGCGGAGGUAUUCACACUGAAUAGAAGACAGUCGAUUGCUUUUCUGUUGAUAUGCCGUCACCUGGAUCUCAUGCAGCAGAAAGAAGCCACCACCAUUCCACAGCUAUGCGAAUUCAUUGGGGGCGAGGGCGGCACUGGCAAGUCGCGGGUGAUUGAGGCGCUUGUGGAGCUGUUCCGCAGCAAAAGCAUGUCGAAUCGACUGUUGGUAACGGCGACGUCAGGUACUGCAGCAGCACGGAUCAACGGAAUAACUAUCCAUUCUGCAUGCAACUUCUCAAAGGACAUGUCUCGCGUGGGCCGAGCUGGAGAGGCCGACGGCGUGUAUUGCUCGACCGUAGUGGACCGAUACAUCAACGGGCCGUCUCGCACGGAAUGGCAAGAGAAGCACCUCCUGGUCAUCGAUGAGGUCAGUAUGCUUGGGGCUCGAACCCUUUGGAUGGUGAAUGAGCGACUUUGCCGGCUACGGGGAUCCCCAGAUGAUUUCGGCGGUAUACCCAUAAUUCUCUUCUGUGGGGAUUUCCAUCAGUUUCGCCCUGUGCAAGAGAGGUCGAUCCUGCUACCUAGUGGUGUAAUUUCAUGGGAUGAGGAGAGGUCGUUCAGCGUAGAACAAAGACACGAGCACAACAAGGCUCACAACCUGUGGAAGAGAUUCGCCACAGUUGUGCUGCUAAAUGAACAGGUUCGAGCCGCUGGAGAUCCUCAGCUGCACAGACUGCUGACUAGGAUCCGAACAGGAACUCAGGACCAGUCAGACCUUGACCUUCUGAACGCCAGGUGCUAUAGGAAGGACAGACGUAUUCCCUGGGAAUCCGGUAUCACCGUAGUGACUCCACUAAACAGGAACCGGUGGAACUUGAACAUGGAGGCGACUGUAGCGUUCUGGAGGAAGCAUCAGUCGACGUUGCGAAUAUUCAUGUCGGCCGCAAUACCUGUACCGGCAGUGUUCAUGUUCGUUCCAGGAAUGCCCGUCGUCAUUAACCAAAACAUACACCAAGGUCUAAAGCUCGUUAAUGGAGCCGGCUAUACCGCCGUAGAUGUCAUUCCGGACAAAGUAUAUCCGGGGCACCGGGUAUCAGCCGACAUUAUACUUCAUUUCGGGCCGCCAGCGGGCAUCCUGCUAUCAGGCAUUACGACCAAGAGCUUCCACUUUGUCGGCAUGCCACCGGGGACGAUUCUUUUAACGCCGGUGAGCGUUAGCAUAAGGGCCCAAAGGAGUCGGCCGUGGCAAGUGACCGACGUGAGCAGAAAGGGACUGCCCUGCACGGCGGCAUUCGCAUGUACAGACUACAAGGUACAAGGGAGGACCUUGGACCAAGUGGCACUAGAACUUCGCGGGACUAGAACAACAAUUGUUGAUGGAAAGAGCGUUCCGAGCCAGUGUGACCCGUACAGCUUGUAUGUUCAGCUGUCUCGUUGCCCAUCACUGGACGGAAUAAUGCUCCUGUCGAAAGUCCGGUACAGGGACUUCGUAGGCAAUAGAGUGCCUGAGAGCAUGGCCGGGGCGGAGGCAAGACUUGAAUCAUUAAGCAACAAAGUUAUCGAUCAGGCGUCAGGCUGGUUAGAUCAACCGUGUGAGGAAUAG